AUGGCCACAGCCCAGGCACCAGGCAGGGCACUUUCCCCAGAACCCCAGAGAAUGUUACGCAGGCGCCCGACGCAAAAGCUCCUGGCUGAUAACUUGAGUUUUGAAGAAGAAGAGCAGAUAAAUAAGGAAAGACAGGCGAAAUGGGAGAAACAACGCCAGCAGAUGCCGUGGAAGGUAGAAGUGCAAACCCUGGACUACCAUCACUUCAAAAACCGGUAUUCCCUCGAAGAUGGUCUGGCUAUCAUUGAGGUCCUCCAAGGCCACUACAGCAUCUACAACGAGGUCUGGCAUGAGAACAAUCGUCGUCGACUAGGCUUUAUAUACCCAGAGACACCGGUUGAGUUGGAGAAUGAGGGCACUUGGAUCCAGCGGGUUCGAAUACAAUCUCCCGAGCUUAUCCUCCUGCUCUCCCGACUCACCGGCCAUCGAGACCUGUGGGCCAAGCGAGGCCCUCGCGUCUUCUUCCGGCCGUUCAGCGCGUUCUACUACUAUUUGCCAAAGAUGAAAGAGUGUCUGGCGAUUCUGGAGUCACGCUGGUGCGACAAGGUCGAUGAAUCACAUCAAGACCCGAUCGACUCGACCCGAUGGACCCCCAAAUUCACCCCCUCAAGCCAUAAAGAUAUUUCCGAACCGGAAGAUGAGAGCUUUCGACCCAGGACGCCGGCCGAGUCAGUCAUCGGCCCCAUUGCAGAUUCUGUGACCGCGCUGCGCCACGUUCGCCUGUUUGUCGAGUUCGUAGAAACCGAGAUCGUCCCCUUGUGGAAGCGAGCUGCCGGCACGACGCAUCGCAAGGUCCCCUUUGCGGACCUGUGGAUGUCAUAUCAGCCCGGCGAACUGCUCUAUGUGGCAUCACCCUCGGAAACAACCCAGGGUCAAAUCUGGCCGGAACCCCUUUUCAUGUCUCAGAAUAUCUGGCGACUGCACACGAUCAGCCGCGACCAGUUCCAGGAAGUGUACAAUUGCGACAUGGCUCCGGGCUCCGUCCAGGAACUGGAUCUCUGGAGCUAUUAUAUCGAUUUUAAUGGGGUGUCGUAUGAGCCGUACACUCGAAGGUUCAGUGUCAAGGCGUAUGAUGGGCUGAAGGACAUCACCACGCUGCAGAUCUACCCCUUGCGCUUUCACAAGGACGCGGAGAAGCUGCUAGAGAGCCGCCGGGAGCUGGGACAGAUGUUCCAAAAGACGCUAAUGGAGAAGCAUCUCUACUACGAGGGGUGGACUCUAAUGCACGAGCCCACAGAAAACCCUCAAUCGCAGGAUCGAGGGAAUUCCGAACAUAUCGAGGGUCAAGUGAUGGUUGACUUUGUCGAGGGACACAAGUCGGACAGCGAGCUCGCCUCGAAAUCUGACCAGACCCUUACUGGAUGGGGAGCGAAUGACUGGCCAGAGGGGGAAGACACCAUCACCAUCAAUCAUUGGCAUCAGUGGACCGGCGAAGACGAGGAAGAGUCAGAAGACGAAGCCGGAGGCAGAGGCCAUGGUAAGACAUAUGAUCCUGGUUUUGAGCUGGUGAAGGAGGAGCACGACAGCUUGCAGCUUACCGAAGAGUUUGCUGGGAUCCUCAGCGACCGCGACAUCGAAACCAACACCUUCCUCCGGGCAUACAUCGGUGGCAACGCGACGCACAUCGCCCCUGAUGACCUUGUCCUACUGCCGCGUCGCGUUGUUGCCUACGCCUUUCGGGACCGGCGAUUCGUGCGUCUGGACGUGAAAUAUUUGCAGCCAAUCCCUCCAUCCGAGAAUGUCUUCAAGAAUCUGCGAAUAAAUGAGGAGCAUAAGCGGAUGGUCCGCGCUUUGGUCAAGACGCACUUUCAGAAGGAGAGGCUCAACCUGGACCUGAUUCGGGGUAAAGGCUCGGGGUUGGUGAUUCUUCUGCAUGGCGCGCCAGGAGUGGGCAAGACCGCCACGGCAGAGGCUGUCGCCCAGGCGAACAAGAAGCCUCUCUUUUCCAUUACUUGCGGGGAUCUUGGCUUCCAGGCUCAGGACGUGGAGACAAGUCUCAAGGAAAUCUUCCGACUAGCUCAUCGGUGGGACUGCGUGCUCUUGCUUGACGAAGCCGACAUCUUUUUGACUCGUCGAAAUUUGAGUGACCUUGUCCGCAAUGCUCUCGUAUCAGUUUUCCUUCGGAUGCUGGAGUACUACAGCGGGAUUCUGUUCCUCACCACGAACCGGGUAGGGAUCAUCGACGAGGCCUUCAAGUCGAGGAUCCACGUCAGCUUGUACUAUCGGCCGCUUGACAGAGAACAGACACUCGCCAUUUUCAAAAACAAUAUCCGCAAGCUGCGCAAGGUGGAAGCGGAGAAAGAGCGACGACACGCCUCGGAUCCCGACGGCCCUCAACGACCAAUUCUGGACAUCGACGAGAAGAGUAUUCUGCACUAUGCUGGGUGGCACUAUGACAACCAUGUGCAGCACCGAUGGAACGGUCGACAGAUUCGCAACGCGUUCCAGAUCGCCUAUUCGUUCGCGCAUUUCGAUAUUCAAAACGGGCCAGAGACGUGGCAGAAGGAAGCGGAAGAGGGAGACGAUCCGGUUGAUACCGAUAGUGACGAGGGCAAACAGGUUGAUUUCGCUGUGACCAAUCCAGUCCUGGAUUACCGGCAUUUCCUUCUCGUCGCAGACACCAUCCGACGAUUCGACAACUACCUUUGGGAGACCACGGGCGAGACGGAGGAGGAGCAAGCGCUGAACUGGAGCCUGCGGGCCGAUGAUUACAAUCCGGACGAGUGGGAUGAUGGCCCGGUCUAUCAGCCUAUGGGUCGUCAGACUCAACGCCGCGGAUACGGCUCUUCAUCCCGGGGGUCGAUGAGGGGCAGGGGCCGUCCUCGGGGAGGGUCAUUUAGAGGCAGCAUGCCACAGGCUGGACGUGGUGUCCAAAGAGAGCGAUCUCCUGUCCCGGAGUAUCAGCCGCCGUUCAAGGCUCCGCUGUCUCACCAGCAAGCAGCUCGAGCUCAACCCAUGAUAGGAGCAGAAUCAUCAUCCUACGAUCGACUGUUCGGUCCGGGUGCACGCUCCGAUAGACCUCGGGCGCCUCCUCAGCGGCGGUCAGAGCAGCACUCCUCGGUGCGGAACGUCCAUUCUAGCAAUGAGGCUCAUUAUGCUUAUACGGAGGACUACGGUGAUGAAUUCGAGGAAUUUGAAGAAGAAGGGUACGAUGAGUAUGACCAACACACAGGUCCAGCAAGGGAAGCGCGUGUGGGAGCUAUCCGGGGAUAG